GCCACCCCCCAAAGGGAACACUUUGGCUCGCAUUCUCGCGUUUUUCACAGCCAACAGCAGACGGACAAAGUGCUCGUCGCGUUCGCGUUCGAAAAUCAGUGGAAAAAUCUGCCGCGUCAAAGGCAAAAAGUGUCGUUUUUGUGUACUUCCGACGACGGUGAACCUGUGCCCCCAUUCGGAACGGCCUGAUAUUGUGAUAUACUUUGACGGUGAAGUGUAAUCGGAUCCGGACCCGGAACCAGCCGUGUGCAAGAUGGUCAACAACGACAAGCAGCAGCCCCAGGAGGAGGAGCACACCACUGCCGACAAUACGGUCGUGGAAAAGUACAAAACAGCUGGAACGAUCGUCAACAAAACCCUCAACAGCCUCAUCCAGGGAUGCAAAGUGGGAGCUUCCGUGAAAGCCCUCUGCCAGAAGGGUGACAAUCAGAUGGAAUCGGAAACCGGCAAGAAAUACAAAAAUGAUCCGGAUAUGAAAAAGGGAAUCGCCUUCCCCACCUGUCUCUCGGUGAACAACUGUAUCUGCCACUUUUCUCCCUCCAAGAACGAUCCGGACUACCAGCUGAAGGCGGGAGAUGUUGUUAAAAUUGACUUGGGAGCGCAUAUCGACGGUUUCAUCGCGGUGGCCGCACACACGAUCGUGGUCGGUGCCAAGCCCGAAAAUAAGGCCAAGGGUCGUGCGGCGGACGUUGUGCUCGCCGCUUACCAUGCCAGCCAGGCUGCCCUGCGGCUGCUCAAGGACGGCACCAGCAACUACGCGGUGACGGAGGCCGUGCAGAAGAUCGCCGCCGAGUACAAAUGUAAACCGAUCGAGGGCAUGCUCAGCCACCAGCUGAAGCAGUUCAAGAUCGACGGCGAGAAGACGAUCAUCCAGAAUCCGACCAUCGCCCAGAAGAAGGAACACGAAAAGUGCGAGUUCGAGAAGUACGAAGUGUACGCCAUGGACGUGCUGGUCAGCACCGGCGAGGGACUGGGCAAGGAGCUGGACACCAAGGUUUCCAUCUACAAGAAAACCGAGGAAAACUAUCUACUUAAACUGAAGGCAUCGCGUGCUUUCUACGUCGAGGUUAAAAAGAAAUACGGCCCCAUGCCAUUCAACCUGCGCAACUUUGAGGAGGAAGCCAAAGCCAAGAUGGGAGUGCACGAGUGCGUGACGCACAAGCUGGUCGAACCGUUCCAAGUAUUAUACGAGAAACACAACGAAAUCGUCGCCCAGUUCAAGAACACCGUACUCAUCCUGCCCAACGGACUCACGGUGGUGACCGGUACCACCUUCGACGUCAAUUGCUUCGAGAGCGAACACAGCGUCCAGGAUGAGGAGAUGAAGAAACUGCUCGAAUCGGAGCUGGUUCUAGCGGAUGCGAAAAAGACAGCGCUAGCCAACCUGACAAAGGCCGCCGCCGCUCCUAAAGCCACUGCUGCCGCCGCCUCUGCAACACCAGCGCCAGCUGCCGCCGAUGGAACUGCCGCGACGGCAGCCGCCAAGGACAAGAAGAAAAAGAAGAAGAAGAAGGCCGCGGCCGGUGGCGCAGCGACGGAAGAAGCCGGUAAGGAGAAUGCCGCCUAGAAGGGGCCGGCGGCAUAGUAGAGAGAGGUUGUGUGCUGUUUUAGGGUUCCGUGGUUUUUCGCAGCCGUGCGUUCAGAAAGUCUGGUUCUGCGUUUUGAUUUCCUUCCCGUAUUGCAUUGUCCACAUCCCAGUAGAAGAGCAGUUCGUGGUAUUUUCUCGUGUCGUUAGUUUACUCGAUCGGAUCGUGGUACAGAUCUAGGAAGCGUUGUACCCCGCAAUCGGUUUGCGGUUGUUCGAUCUUGGUUAGUUGCUCCUUCCGGGUAUGGGCCCAUAAUCGGUGCCUUCAGCUCGCCCUAGAAUGUAAGACGGUAGAUUUGAAGUGUUCGCAACUAGUCGAGUGGCUAGUGGGUUGUUCGUUUUCCUUAGAUAAGAGACUGUCAGGUGUGCGCACCGAUUGUGAGCGUGGUACCCAAACAGGAGCACGUUUUAGUGACCUAAUCCUGAAUCCUCCCGCCCGUCUUUUUACAAUAACCAAAAUUGUUGAUACAAACCCCGUGACAAGUUAAAAAUCCGAUCAGAAUCGUACUACUCAUAAUUAUUAAUAGCCAUCGUAGAGUACUUUUACCGAAAGUAUAUAGAAAAGCAGGCAGACAUUACUUCCGAGGAAACCAGUGAUCUGUUGGAAAGUCAAAUAGUGGUAAAAUAUAUAUGUAGGAAAAAGGUAUUGCGGAAACCAUGCCACGUACCUUCGGAAUGCUACGCGUGUUAGGACUACCUAUAGACAGAGCAGAGAAAACCCAUGUUUACACAUUGACAGAGAGAAAGUAAUCGCAUUCAUUCACCUUGUAUAAAAAAACUGCAACCACAAAUUUAUUGAGUCGUUUAAAAUUGUAAUUCCGUUUUUUUUUCGUAAUAAAUUUUGAAAAGAAAAAAAUA